UUUUCUUCUCCACCGAUGCUGCCAGACCUGCUGAGUUUUUCCAGGUAAUUCUGUUUUUGUUACAGCCUCACUCAGUUCCCCAGCCGAGGGCGUUUCAGGAAAGCGACAGUGAACCUGCUGGGGCUGUGGAAUCGAAACGCAGCCUCCAGGAAACAUUCGUGACGUUUGGAAAGUGAAAGCGCUUCCGCUGUCCAAAAGGUCGAAAGAGGUAUUCCUGGCCUCAGAAAAUUUGCAUGUGAAAGGAAGCAGUUGAAUCCAUAGGAACAAGCUGGCACACAACAAAAUGGAGAAGUCGCAGACUGGUGGAGGAAUGCCUGACAUCAAGAUCCUCACAGACGUUGAAAAUAGCGCCAUCCUGCUGGCCCAGGACGAUCUGAACCAUUCCUGUGCUAGUGAUCCAAUUCAAAUGAUCAGCCAAGGCAUGAACGAAAUGGGGUUGCCUGCUUCUCAGACUCUUCUCCCUGAAAACUUUAAACUCGACAUUGAACCUGCUGCUAGUUUACAUUUCCAGCCGUUGCUUUCACUAGGAGCUCAAUUUCAAGAUCUGCCAAUCCCAGUGACCUGUGCAGUUCAGCAGCUGGUUCAAGGUAAAGAAUGUCAACCACAGAAAGAGGUGCUGAUAGAGGAAAUGCCUGUGCAGGAUCCUACACCCACCACAAGUUUUUCAACUAACCAAGGGCAACGCAAGCGUUUGGCUGAAACACCAAUCAAUGAAAGCAUGCCAAAAAGAAAACGGAAUCUUUCAACCCCUCCUCCAAAAGUAUCAUCAAUAAACACUCUCAGUACAGGCUGUACCUACACGAUAAAAAGCAGCCCUGUACCAAAUCGGAUGAGCACUGGUCACUUCUCAGCAUGGGGCGUAGAAGAUGAUGAAGUUCUAUAUUACAUGCAGAAAGAUACCAAUGAUGGCCAACCUGAGGACAUUGCAUUCAUUCCAACAUCUUGUCAAAAAGCAUCAAAGUCAUCACAAAGUUUCCAGAAUUCCAGGGACAACUGCGAAAACCAAAAAAACCCAGCAAUCCAGAGCAACAAAAAACAUAAGCACCCUGCAACUUGGAUGAAGACUAACACAAGAACAAACCCAAAGACUUUGUUUUAUACUCACUUCAGUGAAAAGCUACUCAACACGCCUGAUACCAGUUUGCAGAAAGAAACCAAUGACUGUGAUGGGAAAAACCCUCCCAAUUCACCAGAGAUAUGGAUUUGCGAUACAUGUUCGUUAUCAAAUAAAGCUCCGGCGGUGAGAUGUAGGGGCUGUGAUGUACUGAAAUACGGAGUUAUACUGCAGAGCUGUAAAAGGAUCCAGUCAAAUGAAAUGAGCACCAACAGAAGAAGAAGUGACAACAUAUGCAGGGUGGAAGGCGAUAGAAUAACAACCCCUCAGGUUCCCGGUGUAACAGAGAUGUCUCCGUCCUUGGCGACCUCCUCCUCUUCUCACAUGAUCGAUGUCAUUUGCUCUGUCCCACAAAUGUACCCUUCAGCUGGUUCUUCACCCACAAGUACUGAAGAGAGAAUGACAAUGGAAUUUCUUCCAAAUGGCACAGUCUGUGCAACCGUUCUCCAACCCACUGAAAUAAACACUACUGCUUUGUUGUCAUCUGUGCCCGCUGGAACUAAACCUGAUGAAAUAUUGUUUCAUGCUACAUCACCUCCUGUAAAACCAACACUACAGGAUGUCAACAAGGAGAACAAUGCCUUAGAUCCAGGUGUGUGA